GACUGCAGCAUGUGAGCCGUGGGCAGAGCGGAGCUGCGGCGCUGCUGUCGAGCUGGACUUUUGUUACUUUUUACAUUUAAACUUUUACUUUUCUGAGCUCUGCGUCUCGGUGAAGAUGAGCUCCUUCAGAGACUGAGCGCUGAGUCCGUGCGCAGUGAAGGAGCUUCAGUCUUCCAGAGAUGUUCUGCAGGAACCAGACGUCCAGGGCCACGGUGGCUCGAGGCUCCGCGGUGGAGAUGGAGGUCCGCCGGGGCCACUUUCGGCUCAGCGUGUUUGAGGACUCCGCACAGGACAGUGAGGUGCAGAAGCAGAUUGAGAUGGAGGUGCGCGUGCGGGAGGGCGCCUGCAGGCUGCUGGCUGCGUGCUCUCAGAGGGAACAGGCUCUGGAGGCCUCUAAAAGCCUCCUAACCUGCAACAGCCGCAUCCUCGCCCUCAUGAGCCAGCUCCAGCGCAUGAAGGAGGCGCAGGCCCUGCAGCGGACUGGACGCAGGUCAUCUGCUGGUGGCUCUCUUGAUGAGAGGAAGCCCGGUACUGGGAAGGUGGCUAUUUCAGAUAUCCGCAUCCCUCUCAUGUGGAAAGAUUCUGAAUAUUUCAAGAACAAAGGCGAGUUGCACAGGUGGGCUGUGUUCUGUUUGCUGACUGUGGGCAGAGAGAUCUAUGACACUGACCUGGUGAUGGUGGACAGGACACACACGGAUAUCUGCUUUGAGGACACACUCAUAUUUGCGGAUGUGUCUCCAGGUUUCGAGUUGCGAUUGGAGCUCUAUAGCUGUUACGUGGACGAGGAGUUCAGUCUGGCUCAGGCUCCGCGGCGGCUGGCCCGUCUCAGCGGCUCAUUGGGUCGUUCUUCUGGCAAAAGGCUCCGUGCAGCUCUGGAGUCCGCCACAGCCUGCGGACUGAACGGCAGCACAGACAGAGAGGCAGACGGAGACAGAGCAGCGUCACCUGGAGGAUCUCCAGUACAUGCACCAGCACUGGGACCGAAAUAUCACCUGCUUGCCCACACCUGUCUGACCCUAUCUCAUGUCCAGAAUUCAUUCAGAACUCAUGAUCUGACCAUCUCUGGCACAGAGGACAGCUCAUUCUGGUUGCCGCUCUAUGGUAGUGUAUGUUGUCGUCUGGUGGCUCAGCCGAACUGUAUGACUCUGCCAGUAAUGAGCGGCAAACUAAAGGUCCAGCAGCCAGAAGAUUGUCCUGAGAGCUGGUCAGAAGUCUACGCUGUCCUGAAAGGGACAGGACUAAUCUGCUACCAUCGGCAAGAAGAUGUGGAAACAGAAGAGCCAGCAUUCACCAUCCCCAUAAACAAGGAAACCCGGAUACGUGCGAUGGAAAAAGACCCAGCCUUAAACACACAAAGUAUCUUGAUAACCAACCAGUGGGUGCAGGGGGAGUCCACACACAUGCUGAUCACUCACACACAUCAAGAUACACACAGCUGGAUGGAAGCCUUCUGGCAGCAUUUUUAUGACAUGAGCCAGUGGAAACAGUGCUGUGACGAGCUCAUGAAGAUUGAGGCUCCAUCUCCGCGGAAACCAGUGUCCCUGCCAUUAAAGCAAGGCUCCCUAUAUCACGACAUUGUUCCUCCCUCUGGCACUCACUCCAAAGACAAUGCAGUACCCCAGAGUUCACCUGUGUCUUCAGAGAUUCAAACAUUGCUGUCAUCGUAUUAUAAUGACAGGUACUGAAGGUGCUGGGUGACUGCCUUGCAGCUGAAGCCUGGUGGUCUAACCAGCAAUGAGUCGACUGCAGAACCGCAGAACCAGCUCAGUGCUGUAGUCGUCACUGAGAAAUCGCGGUGCAGGUGUUCAUUGUUAUGCACUGGCGUCAAACACAACCAAGAGCAUAGUACGAUUAUUAUAUCGUUGCUGUCGGAACAAAAUCUCACAUCUCUCUCCACAAUGGUAACUUUACAGGAGAGGGAAAAACAUCCUUAGCUGAUAAUGGACUUUAUUUCAAAUAAUUUUGUACCAUUUCUGUUUGUCUGUUUGCAAUUAUAUUUUUGCACACAGCUGAUAUUUUCAUAUUAUGUCAAGAAUAUGAACAAUAGACAUACAAGGUUUUGUUCCAGUAACGACAGUAUACAAUUUAUAUUACAUAGAGUUAUAGAAAAUAAAGCAAAAGCACAUAGCAAAGGAUCCAUUACAUUGCACAGAAAAGUGCAUUUGGGGUUUUUGGGGGUUAUUUGCAUUUUGUGAGGAUAGCUGGAGAAUAAGUUUAGGGGGGCCGGGCAUCUCUAAUUUUUUUUUUUCUUUUUUUCUUCAGUGCAAUUCAAGAUUGCACGAUCAAGCUAAGGAGAUGUCCACAGGGGCAUUUGGUAAAAAUGAUAACAGUUAAUAUGUGAUAUCCUGCAGUGGUAGACAAUAACAUUUGACAGAUUUUCACAAGUUAUUGUAGCACGUAUGAGCUUCCUGCAACCUGAAAUCA